GCCCCGCGCCGGGCACCAGCGCCUGCCGCCGAGCCGAGCCGAACCCGACCCGCGGACGACCCCGCUGAAGCUGUGCCAGGAUGUGUGACGACGAGGAGACCACUGCUCUUGUGUGCGACAACGGCUCUGGGCUGGUGAAGGCGGGUUUCGCUGGGGAUGACGCGCCCCGUGCAGUCUUCCCUUCCAUCGUGGGCCGCCCGCGCCACCAGGGAGUCAUGGUGGGUAUGGGUCAGAAGGACUCCUACGUGGGUGAUGAGGCCCAGAGCAAGCGAGGUAUCCUGACUCUCAAAUACCCCAUUGAGCACGGCAUCAUCACCAACUGGGAUGACAUGGAGAAGAUCUGGCAUCAUACCUUCUACAACGAGCUCCGUGUAGCCCCUGAGGAGCACCCCACUCUGCUCACUGAGGCCCCCCUGAACCCUAAGGCCAACCGUGAGAAGAUGACCCAGAUCAUGUUUGAGACCUUCAAUGUCCCUGCCAUGUAUGUGGCCAUCCAGGCGGUACUGUCCCUGUAUGCUUCUGGCCGCACCACAGGCAUUGUUCUGGACUCUGGUGACGGUGUAACUCACAACGUUCCCAUCUAUGAGGGCUACGCUUUGCCCCAUGCCAUCAUGCGUCUGGAUCUGGCUGGUCGGGAUCUUACUGACUACCUCAUGAAGAUCCUCACUGAGCGUGGCUACUCCUUUGUCACCACUGCUGAACGUGAAAUUGUCCGUGACAUUAAAGAGAAGCUGUGCUAUGUGGCCCUGGAUUUUGAGAAUGAAAUGGCCACAGCUGCCUCUUCCUCCUCCCUGGAGAAGAGUUAUGAACUUCCCGAUGGCCAAGUCAUCACUAUUGGCAAUGAGCGCUUCCGCUGCCCUGAGACACUCUUCCAGCCCUCCUUCAUCGGUAUGGAAUCUGCAGGCAUCCAUGAAACAACUUACAAUAGCAUCAUGAAGUGUGACAUUGAUAUCCGCAAGGACCUGUAUGCCAACAAUGUCUUAUCUGGAGGUACCACCAUGUACCCUGGUAUUGCUGAUCGCAUGCAAAAGGAAAUAACUGCCCUGGCCCCCAGCACCAUGAAGAUUAAGAUUAUUGCUCCCCCUGAGCGUAAGUACUCUGUCUGGAUCGGGGGCUCCAUCCUGGCCUCCCUGUCCACCUUCCAGCAGAUGUGGAUUAGCAAGCAAGAAUAUGAUGAGGCAGGCCCAUCCAUCGUCCACCGCAAAUGCUUCUGAGGUGCCUUCUCUCUUAGUCUACCCUACCUUACAUUCAGGAUGACAGUAUUAUGCUUCUUGGAGUCUUCUGAACUACCCUCCCUUAUCUCUCAUCAAUCAUUGUACAGUUUGUUUACACAUGUGCAAUUUAUUUGUGCUUCUAAUAUUUAUUGCUUUAUAAAUAAACCAGACCCGGACUUGCAACAUA